AUGGGUUUGGAAGAAAAUAUAAUUAGAGAAUACAUUAUUCCUGAAAAAAUCAGUUUUGUCAAUGUAAAUUUCUAUGAAAUCCAUGAGGCUGAUAGUGAUGAAGCUAGGAUAAGAUCAAAAAGGAAAAAAUUUUGGGAGAAGGCAUUGGAUAUAGAAGAACUUUGUGGGCCAGGUGAAGCAUGGUGGGGUGUCAGGGGGCAAAUGCGGGAUGAUUUUAACCAUAGUAACAAGGCAAUUAGCUACACACAACAUUUUCAGAACAGCAGGUUUGUAGAAUCAGUGCUAGAUGUUUAUUGGGAGCUCCCUCCAGUGGCUGGUCCUUCACUUACUCAUCAAAUGAGAUACGAUCCCGCUCGUGUAUCUAUUCCUAUUGUCGAAGAUGGCAGAUUUGGGUUGUUCCAGAGGCUUGGCUUAUCUACACUCGAGACAUCUGUAUUUAAUGGAUAUACUCAAAUGGUAUAUCUUCAGAUAUCUCAACAAGAUUCUUAA